AGUCACCCGCGCGGGCGCGGGUGGGUCUCCCGGGCUCCGACAUCUUGGGUCACCCUCAGGCCUCACUCCAGACACCCUGCUCCUCUUUUCAUUCACGCCACCGAGACCGGACUACAUUUCCCAGGAGCCUUGGCGGCUAGGCAAGUCAGCCGGCGCCUCACAAGGCAGCGCCGAAUACAUUUCCCAGACAGCUUUGCGGCUGCCCGGCCCAUAAUAUUACUCCGCACACUUUUGCGGUGGGACCCAAACCUCUGGCAUUUCUGAGCGGUAACGAGACUCCGACUCCCGGAGGCCUUUGCGGCUGACAAAGGAAACUACACUUCCCAGAGGCCUCUGCCGCGUCGCUACCGGAAGCGGCGGGCGAGCCGACUGUCCUUGCGCGCGGAGUCGAGCGGCUAUGGUGUCCCGAGUGUGGUCGAUGAUGAGGUUUCUCAUCAAGGGGAGUGUGGCUGGGGGAGUGGUCUACCUGGUGUACGACCAGGAGCUGCUGGGGCCCAGCGACAAGAGCCAGGCAGCCCUUCAGAGGGCAGAGGAGGUUGUCCCCCCUGCCAUGUACCAGUUCAGCCAGUACGUGUGUGAGCAGACGGGCCUGAAGAUACCCCAGCUCCCAGCCCCUCCAAAGUUUAACUUUCACAUCCGUGAGUCCUGGAAUUCAGGCAUCAUGACGGUGAUGUCGGCCCUGUCGGUGGCCCCUUCCAAGGCCUGUGAAUACACCAAGGAGGGCUGGGAAUACCUGAAGGAACGAAUCAAGUAGCCUAUAGAGGAGGCUGUCUCCCCAGUCGGAAAUGGGCACGGACCUCAAGCCUCUGGAAUGGGACCCUGAUCUAAGGGCAGCUCCCGGCCUUGCCGCCCAAUAAAGGACUUUGGAAGUGUUUCCUGA